UGAAGUGACCGACUUGCCGAGAGUGUUGGGGUGGCCCGCGUAUCUCUGUGGCGCCCCCGCACGCUCAUUUUUAUUCAGGUCACAGAUGCCCGGGUACCUGAUGGAUCUAGGGUAGGGGAGAAGCUGGGAUAGCGCAGGCCUGCGCCCAAGACUGAGGAUGUUUUCAAACGCCAAGAAAAGGAAGAUAGUAUUUUUGUGGGUAGGAUUAGUAAGUUGUAAGAACUUGUUCUUUGGUUGAAAGCCAAACCAAGUUCAUACGGCUACAGUACUUGAUUUUGUCGUGAUGCUUGAGAUUUGAAGGACUGAGUGGUCAGCAUAGCCUUAGAUGCCAUUCCUGCUAAGUUUUGCAACUUGAGUUUUCAUCAAUCAUUUUUUUUGUUUUUUUGGUACCGGGGUUCGAACUCGGGUCCUUGCACUUGGGAGGCAGGUGGGAGAACCACUGAGCUAAAUUCCCGGCCCCAUCCAUCAUAUUUUAAUGGAAGCAUUCCUACAUAAAUUUCUAGGGUGACGCCUAUGAGCCCCUCAGUGUCUUAGAUUUUUAUGUUUGGCAUCUCUUGAAAUAGGACGCCCGUUUUUCUGUGCACUCAGCUUUACCUUGGAGAUAAUCCUGAGUCAUGCUUUAGAGAAGUUCCUCCUGAGAUGGAGCACUCGGAGGUCUGUGGACGCUGUGAACGCAGGUGCUCCCCGGCGGCGGCUGUCCUCCCUGCUGAAGCUCCGGGCCGGGAGGACCCUGGAGACUGGACGCACAGCGAGAGGCCUCCUUCCUCCGGGUUUGCCCGGUCGCUAGGCCUGUGCUCAGAGUUACUUGUUCACACUCAAGUUUCUCCCUGUACCACAGAAAUUUUCUUUAUGCUACUGCCACAGUCUCCCUGGAACCUGGGCUCCUGAAGACGCUGCGCUGGGGCAGAUGGAUAAUGGAGACUGGGGCUAUAUGAUGACUGACCCAGUCACGUUAAAUGUAGGUGGACAUUUGUAUACAACGUCCCUCACCACACUGACACGCUACCCAGAUUCCAUGCUUGGAGCUAUGUUUGGAGGGGACUUCCCCACGGCUCGAGACCCUCAAGGCAAUUAUUUCAUCGAUCGAGACGGACCUCUUUUCCGGUAUGUCCUCAACUUCUUAAGAACGUCAGAGUUGACCUUACCCUUGGAUUUUAAGGAAUUUGAUCUUCUGCGGAAAGAAGCAGAUUUUUACCAGAUUGAGCCCUUGAUCCAGUGUCUCAAUGACCCCAAGCCUUUGUAUCCUAUGGAUACUUUUGAAGAGGUAGUGGAGCUCUCCAGUACUCGGAAGCUUUCUAAAUAUUCCAAUCCAGUGGCUGUCAUCAUCACCCAGUUAACCAUCACCACCAAGGUCCAUUCCUUACUAGAAGGCAUCUCAAAUUAUUUUACCAAGUGGAACAAGCACAUGAUGGACACCAGAGACUGCCAGGUGUCCUUUACGUUUGGACCUUGUGAUUAUCACCAGGAGGUUUCUCUCCGGGUCCACCUGAUGGAGUACAUUACAAAACAAGGCUUCACGAUCCGCAGCACUCGGGUGCAUCACAUGAGUGAGCGAGCCAACGAGAACACGGUGGAGCACAGCUGGACCUUCUGCCGACUGGCGCGGAAGGCCGACGACUGAUCACCAGCUGAGGCGGUCCUGGGACUGGAAACAGGACCUCCGGGGGAUGGAAGAGACUGGGUUUUGUUUUUCCCCCUCACAGGGUGGGCUUUUCUUUCUUUUUAAUAUUUGUAUUUAUUUGAAAGCAUUGAGGACCAGAAAGCAGUGUGUUGUGCUUGAGCAGACUCUUCCACGUUUGUUCCCUUCUCCCUGAGUAUGCAUGUGCCUGUUCAGAGUCUCCAGAUACCUUUUUUAUAAAAAGAAGUCUGAAAAAUUAUUGUGGUAUAUCAUCUGCCGUUAACAGAGCUGUUUCUUAAUUACAGUGCUAAAAUGAUUUCUGAAAAAGUGGUCCCUAACUCCACUAGAAGGCUAAAAACACAGGAAUGAAAGAAUAAGUAGAGUACUCGUGAUGCCUUUGAAAAAAUCAAAGUGUAUUGUGUAGGGUGACCUUGUUUCCAAACCAAUAAGCAGUACUGUAGUAUUGAAGGAAAACCGUUCCAGUCAUUUAAAGGUACUUGUUAAGGACUGCUUUUUACAGUUAUGACAACUGUUUCUUUCUAUGCAUAGAUAUCAAGCAACCAAAUAUCUGUAGCCAUGGAAAUGUCUGACUAGAAAUAUUUAUAUUGGAUUCUGAAUACAAAAUGUCCCUGUGGUAGAAAUCUUACUUCUUAUGCCUGGUGCAGUAUAAUUCCCAAGUGUACUGUCUACCAGGGAAAGAAAAACCUAAUAAAAAAUGAAACAUGAAAAUCA